AUGUAUCCGGCCACUACGCCCUACGAGACGGCGUCCGGGGUGGGCGUGGCGCCGGUGGCCGGCUUGUUCCCCGUCGCCGGAGAGGCCAGGGAGUGGUCGUCGAGGCUCCUGGACUGCUUCGACGACUUCGACAUCUGCUGCAUGACGUUUUGGUGCCCGUGCAUCACGUUCGGGCGGACGGCGGAGAUCGUGGACCACGGCAUGACGUCGUGCGGGACGAGCGCGGCGCUGUUCGCGCUGAUCCAGUGGCUGUCGGGGUCGCAGUGCACGUGGGCCUUCUCCUGCACGUACCGCACCAGGCUGCGCGCGCAGCACGGGCUCCCCGAGGCGCCCUGCGCCGACUUCCUCGUCCACCUCUGCUGCCUCCACUGCGCGCUCUGCCAGGAGUACAGGGAGCUAAAGGCGCGCGGCUACGAGCCCGUCCUCGGCUGGGAGUUCAACGCCCAGAGGGCCGCCGCCGGCGUCGCCAUGUGCCCGCCGGCCUCGCAGGGGAUGGGGCGCUGA